AUGGGUUACAGAGAAGGGCUAGCGGUAGGUUUGGCUAUCGGGGUGCCAUGCGCCUUGAUUUUUAUGGUCGGAUCAGUUCUCUGGUUUAGAAAUCAUCGUAAGCUAAAAAAGGAGGACUUGAAUGAAUCAGAGAUAGACAUUGGGUUAAAAGAUGACCAACUGUUUUGCCAGUUUCAAGAUGAGCUUCAUAGACCAUAUAACAAGAAUCAGGCGAAUGCACCUCAGGGCGAGCUCGAACACAUUGCCGAGAAGCCGUACCAAUCAUCUCUCUCACAUGGAUCUUCGUCUUCUAACUUUGUUGACUCUCGUUCGACAUCCUUACCACAAAGACCACAGCAUCUGAAGACAGCUUCAUCGUAUGACUUUUACGAAACCUUCAUUCCGAUAUUACCACACCAAAACGGCAACCACCAUUCAUCUCUGGUAACAAUAAAUAAAGAGUCGGGACCUCCCGCUACCAUUACAGAAAAUGGCCAUGGAGAUGAAAGUAGGAGCUCUAAUAUCAGCAUUGCAGGGUCUCUGCAUGAAAAGUCUUUGGAUAAUCUUGCUAAACAGUUGAACGGUCCCACAUUUUUCGAAAAACUCCCUUCAAGAGCCGCAACUAUGGUUGUUAAGCCUAGAAUUCCAAUGUCCUCCACCAACUCAAGCUCAGAUGUCAUCAUAGAGACUGAUCUCGUAAAUGACACCGCUAUGAAUGAUAAUUUCGUAUAUGAGGCAAAAGCCCCUGUUGUUACUGAAGGUACAAACCCUGUGAUACUAGGGAAUACUAGUGACAAAACAGAACAUCAAGAAACGGAAAAGAAGGGGGAUAAUAAUACGAAGUUGGGGAACGUAUUACGGGGGCAAUAUGACGAUGACUUCAGUAAGAACGAAAGAUCCGGAGCUGCCUCACCUUUCAAUGAGGAAGAGCCGGCUACUGAAGUAGUUUUCAAUUGA